CAAUCAGCAGCACCACUCGACGCCCUUUUCUUUUUUUUUGUCGGUAUGUCGCUUUGUGUCAGAGCCCGUACAUUUUUUCCGAACCCAUUUUCUCGCCCUUUCCCUUCAGCCAAACGAUCCCUCAUCCUCAAACCCACUCGUUCCUUCAAACCCCACUCUCUCAAUUCCUUCUCCUCCUCUUCUUUCUCGGCCAAGAUCAUGUCUUCGACGCAGACCAUCGAACACGUCGUGCUCUUCAAGGUUAAAGACGGCACCGACCCGUCAAAGGUCAAUGCCAUGGUCAGUGGCCUCAGUGGUCUGAUCUCACUCGAUCAAGUCCUCCACCUCACCGCCGGACCGCUCCUCCGUACCCGAUCAUCAUCUCUCCAGUUCACUCACAUCCUCCAUAGCCGCUACAGCUCCAAGGAGGACCUGAGCGCUUAUUCUCAACACCCAAACCACCUGAGCGUGGUUAAGGAGUCGGUCCUCCCAAUCGUCGAAGACAUCAUGGCCGUGGACUGGGUCGCCGAAGACCUUAACGGCCCAUUGAGCCCACAACCCGGCUCCGCGUUGAGGGUGACCUUCCUGAAGCUGAAGGAGAACGUCGACGACGGAGCAAAAUCGGAGAUUGUGGGGGUGAUUAAAGCAAUUAGGGAUAGUUUUGGGCAAAUUAAUCAGAUUAGUGUCGGAGAAAACUUCUCGCCGGCGAGAGCCAAAGGAUAUUCGAUCGCGUCAUUGGCGGUUUUUCCUGGAUUGGGCGAUUUGGAAGCUGUGGAUUCGAACCAAGAAUUGGUGAAUUUGCACAAGGACAAGGUUAGGGACCGUUUGGAAAGCGUUGUGGUCGUUGAUUAUGUGGUACCCACUUCACAAUCUGCGAGUCUUUGAGUUUAUUAUUAUCAUUUCCCUUCAGUUAUGAACUAAAAUUACAUAAAUAAUCUACCUCUGCUUACUGGAAAGAAAAGCAAUGUUUCCAAUUGAAUGGAAUUUCGUGUGGAAUUGUUAGAGGCUUUUCUUUUGUUGAUUCCCAUUUGAUCAAAAUGUGAUUUAUUUUGUUU